AUGUCUGAUCAACCACAUAGCGACCUCAAGAUAGAUGGCCUCAGCGCCGUCUCCGUGGUGUCGCGAACAGACGAAACAUUGGAGAACGGCGACCUGGGCGCGAUCUUCUCGAAGCAGAGGGCACUAGAAAAUGGGCACGAGAUACGCUACCGUAGCUGCUCAUGGCAGAAGACUGCUGCAUUACUAUUCAGCGAGUACAUUUGCCUCGCGAUCUUGUCAUUUCCUUGGUCUUUCUCGAUCUUGGGGAUGGUUCCGGGUGUUAUAGUCACGGUGGCAGUAGCAGCAGUGGUACAAUACACGUCUCUCAUCCUUUGGCGCUUCUGCUUGGCGCACCCCGAAGUUAGAGACGUGUGUGAUAUCGGUCAAAUCCUAUUUGGGGGAUCCAAGUUCGGCUACUACUUCACAGCCGUCAUGUUCAUUCUCAAUAACACCUUCAUCCAAGCCCUCCACUGUAUCGUCGGAGCCUUACUGCUGAACACCCUGUCUGGUUCGGCUCUCUGUACGGUCGCAUUUAGCGCGAUCACGGCUAUCACUUGUUGUCUUGUGUCCCUUCCACGGACGCUCAGCCAGCUUAGUAUACUGGGAGUGUUCAGCGCAGUCACUAUGGGCAUCGCCGUAUUGCUUGCCAUCGUCUUUUCUGGGACUCAGUCAGAACCAUUUGGUUUCACAGGGGAGGCCCCUAUUGUCACUGCCUUCCCUGUUGCGGGAACGACAUACGUCGCAGGGAUGUCGGCCUUCUUGAAUAUCGCGUACACGUUCAUAGGCCAGAUAACCCUCCCGUCCUUCAUCGCCGAAAUGGAGGAUCCAAGGGAUUUUCCCAAGGCAUUGUGGGCAGUAACAAUCUGCGAGAUCAUCGUAUUCACGCUCUGUGGCGCUCUCAUGUAUCAUUUCGUCGGGAACCAGUACAUGACCGCCCCUGCGUUCGGCUCACUUCAGCCAACACUGAAAAAAAUCGCAUUCUGCUUCGCGAUCCCGACCAUCGUAUAUCUCGGGUCCUUAUACUCGAGCGUCUCGGCGCGCUUCGUGUUCUUCCGCCUUUUCAAAAACUCCGAACAUCGACAUUCGAACACAGCCGUUGGCUGGAUUGCAUGGACUUCGAUCAUCUCCGUGACAUGGGUGUUCGCAUUUAUCAUAGCUGAAAUUAUCCCGUUUUUCUCGGAUAUGCUGAGUCUUAUGAGCUCGUUAUUUGAUGGAUGGUUUGGGUUCAUCUACUGGGGUUUAGCAUACCUCACUCUUCACCCGCCCGGCGCUAGGUGGAAAGGUCUGUCACGCACGGUUGAGACGCUGUUCAACUACUGCCUCAUUAUCUUCGGGGUAUACGUACUGAGUGCCGGAACAUAUGUCUCUGUCCAGUCGAUUAUAAAUAGCUACAGAGCGAACGCCGUCGGCGGUGUAUUUACGUGCGCCUCGAACGCAUUAUAG